GCAGCAAACAUAGAUAGGCUGAAUUAAAAGCAGAACGAGCUACAGCUCACCACGCCAUGCAUGCCAACAAGAACUGUGUGAAUAAUUUUGUCGGCGACGUCGACGUCGACGUCGACCUCCACCCAUUCCUUCUCCGGUACAAGGACGGCCGCGUCGAGCGGCUGUUGAGGAGCCCUUUCGUGCCUGCUUCCGAGAACCCGACAGCCAACCGCGGGGUGGCGACGAGGGACGUCGUCAUCGACCCGGGCACCGGCGUGUCGGCGCGCCUGUUCCUCCCCUCCCGCGCCGCCAUGGCCGCCGGCGGCGGCAGAAGGCGGCUCCCCCUCGUCGUGUACGUCCACGGCGGCUCCUUCUGCACGGAGAGCGCCUUCUGCCGGACGUACCACCGCUACGCCACCUCCCUCGCCGCGGCCGCCGGCGCGCUCGUCGUGUCCGUGGAGUAUCGCCUCGCGCCGGAGCACCCCAUCCCCACGGCCUACGACGACGCCUGGUCCGCUCUCCGGUGGGCGGCGUCCCACGCCGACUCCUGGCUCGCCGACCACGCGGACCCGGGGCGCACGUUCCUCGCCGGCGACAGCGCCGGCGGGAACAUCGUCUACCACACGGCGGUCCGGGCCAGCCGCGACGGCGUCGGCAUCGAGGGGGUCGUCAUCGUGCAGCCCUACUUGUGGGGCGCCGAGCGGCUGCCCUCCGAGGCGGCCUGCGGCGACGGCGCGGCGGUGCUGCCGGCGUACGGGGUGGACAGGCUGUGGCCGUUCGUGACGGCGGGGCAGGCCGGCAACGAGGACCCCCGGCUCAACCCUCCCGACGAGGAGAUCGCGUCGCUGACGUGCCGGCGCUUCCUCGUCGCCGUCGCCGAGAAGGACACCCUGAGCGAGCGCGGGCGCCGCCUGUUCGGCCGCAUCCGUGACUACUACGCGGUUGCCGGCGGCGAGGCGACGCUGGUGGAGUCGGAGGGCGAGGACCAUGGCUUCCACCUCUACAGCCCGCUGCGCGCCACCAGUAGGAGGCUCAUGCAGAGCAUAGUGCGCUUCAUCAACCAGCCGCCGGCGCCGGCGCCGGAUAUGAACGGCGGCUUGCAUUGGCAUGCAUGGGCGGAGGAGGGUAAGAAGAUUAACAGGGCAUCGACGAUGACGACGACACCCGAGCAUGUCAUACUAGGCGUGCCUAGCAGGCCGUUUAGGGACUUAUUUGGCUAUGGGAUGGACAUGAAACAACAUUACGGUAGCACGACGACCUGCAUGGCAUAUGGUGGUACAUCAAGAAUUGGAGGACAUGGCAAAGCUGGUGCAUCCAAGGCAAACUAUGGGCUAUUUACAGCGAGGCCUAACAAGGCCUACAAGGGACCCUCAGCAGCAGCAGCAGCACUACCCGGCACUUAUGUUAUCAAGAACUUCUAGUUCGUUCUAGCGCAUGAAAGAGCCGUAUGUCAUGCGCGUACGCACGCACUCUGAAACAUGUGGUAAAUGUACUUAUACUAUUUUAUAUUGUAUUAAUAAAUAAAAGGGAAGAAUUGUAUUUGUACUAA